AUGAAGCUCUCCUCCAUCAUCGCAGCAGCCUUUGCUGGCUCACCGGCACUUGCCGUCCCAGCUGGUUUUGUCACCACUGACGGCACGAAAUUCUCUCUUGACGGAAAGGAUUUCUUCUUUGCUGGAAGCAAUGCCUAUUAUCUUCCCUUCAACAUUUGGGGAACCGACCACUACAAGGAUGUCAAGCUCGGAUUGGAAGCUGCCAAGGAUGCUGGUCUCAAGGUCAUUCGUACCUGGGCUUUCCACGACAACAAUAGAACGUUCUCGUCGGGUGGCCUGCCCAAGUACAACACUGGUGCCGAGGACACUGUUUUCCAGUGGUUCGAGGCUGAUGGAAGUGUCAAAAUUGAUCUGAGCAAGCUUGAUGUUGUCGUUGAGGCUGCUGAGGCCACCAACAUGAAGCUUAUUUUGGCCCUGACCAACAACUGGGCUGAUUACGGUGGAAUGGACGUUUACACUUUCUAUCGUCUACCCGCUAUCAAGAAAGCCUUCAAGAACUACAUCAAGGCUGUCGUCAACCGCUACAAAGAUUCUCCCGCCGUCAUGGCCUGGGAAAUCGCCAACGAGCCCCGCUGCGGCGCCGACGGUGUUCGCAACCUCCCCCGCGGACCUGACUGCACUCCCAAGACAAUCACAUCCUGGGUCGACGAAAUGAGCACAUACAUCAAGUCCCUCGACGCAGACCAUCUCGUCACUACCGGAAGCGAAGGUGGCUUCAACCGCAAGUCCGACGACUGGACCUACAACGGUGCCGACGGAACGGAUUUCGACGCUGAGCUAAAGUUACCUAACAUUGACUUCAACACUUUCCACUCAUACCCUCAGUACUGGAGCAAGACCGUGGACUGGGUUGUCCAGUGGAUCAAGGAUCACGCUGCCGCGGGCGAAGCUGUCGGAAAGCCAGUCCUUCACGAGGAAUACGGCUGGACUGACAAGUCGACCCGGAUACCAACCAUCAGCAAGUGGCAAAAGGCUUCCCUGGACCUGGAGAUGAGCGACCUAUACUGGCAAUUCGGAUACUCAGGCUACUCCUACGGCAAGAACCACGAUGACGGAAACACGAUUUAUCUCGAAGAUGACGAGGCCCAGCCCUUGGUAUACGAGCAUGCUGCCGCGGUAAACGGUGAAGGUACAGCACCAAGCCCAACAACUACUGGAACGACUCCCCCCAAGCCUACGGUUACUGACGGUCCCAAGGUCGGUAGAUAUGGACAGUGUGGAGGUGCUUCUUGGACUGGAACUACGGUUUGUGAGGCUCCUUAUACUUGCAAGGCGCAGAACCAGUGGUACUCUCAGUGUCUGUAG